GCAACCGCUGCACCAUUUAAGGUGGAACGGGGAAUUUGAGCAAAAAGAUUGUGAUUAAGAUUAAGUCAGCCUCUGCGUUGAACUAGCGUAUUGAUUAAACAUAAAACAGUUUAAACCAAAAUAUACGAGGAUUAAGCAAAACAAUGGUCAGAUAUUUGUCAGUAUGUGAGCGCGCGUGCUGCCGUGUUUUCCGUCUCUCCGCUCAGACUGUAGGAAGUGAUGUGGUGAUUUCCAGUAGCUGUGUGUUGGUCUGCGGAGUGGGAGCAGCCUCAGUAGAAAGAGCGGCUGAAUAAAGUGGAUAACCAGCGAUGGAGAGCUGAACCAGCGCCGGUUUCAGCACCUUCUGUUGUGUUUUGGUGUUCAAUUCGGUCAGGCGGCGCUUUACUGCUAUAAUGUCGUCUGCGGAAAGUUGGCCGGACCUGCAGUGGCUGUGUGUGCUAACCCUGCUCAUGGCCUCCGUCGUGACUCUGCUGGUGUAUUUUGUUCAGUAUUUCUCGCACUUUUCUCAGUCCCGGAGUGAAAGUGGGAGCAGGGAGGACCCAGGAGAAGCAGAAGUGCUGUUGGGCUGGACGCUGGGACUUAGAAGCUGGAGGAGCGAGUGGAGAAGGUCCUGGUUUACAGCCCUGAACCAGGAGGCGAAAGCAACAGGGGGGCAGAUUCAGCUGACCUUUGAGGAAGAUGGCGUGCAAACAGCUGAACUUACCCUGGGCCACAUAUCCAGCUUUACUAAAUCAGCUGGACAGAAGAAUGUGCAGUGUCAGGUGUUUGGAGAAAAGCUGCAGUUUUCACUCAGUGCUUUACUGAAUUCAACCUCAGCAGAAGCUCCACAGAGAUACAGCGUCAAAAUAUCCCCUCUACAGCUGCAGCUGGCCCUGCAGCUGAGGGACGUUGACGGUCAGGUGCAGGUUACCUGGACAGUGGAAAACUUGGACUCUGCGCUUCUGCAGCUGACACCCAGCCACGCACAGGGUGCGGGCCUAAAUGAUGCAGCAGUGAUGGCCAGGCUCCGGAAGGUUCUGAGCAACGCUCAUCCAUCUGUAAUUCUGAGCAGCCGGUCUGCACAGCCUACAGAAAUAAAGGAAGUCAGGAGUAGGACCCCGCCGCUGACCUCCCCACCAAAGCCCCCCCGUGCACACGAGUGGAAACUAUUAGUGAAGAACAUCCGAGUCACUUUUAGAGAGAAGGAUGGCACUGCAGGCAGCGCGAGUCCUCAGUGUGUUCUCAGGUUGGAUGAUCCUCCUCAGAGGUUGACCAGCUCGGUGUUGUCUAACACACACAAUCCGGCCUGGGACCAGCCAUUCAUAUUUGAGCUCAGCGGAAGAUCAAAAGAGCUGAACAUCCAGCUUUUGGACAACGGAAGAGCACCAGAGAACGCUCCUGAUCUGUCUUCAGGCUGUUUGCUGGGUCAGGUUUGCGUGCCGUUCAACCUGGUUAUGAGGCAUCCCCGCGGGCAGCAGACGUUCACUCUGAUGAACGAUGACCGAGUGACCGGUUCUCUUACGUCUGAGUUUAUGUUCCUGGAGCCGAGUGAGGUGCGCACCUGGCAACCUCCCACACCGGCCCCCAGUAAGCGAGUGGAGAUGGAUCGGACGGUGAUGCCCUGCGGUACUGUGGUAACCACAGUCACUGCAGUAAGGAGCAGACCAGGACGCCCACUGCCGCCAGAAACUGUUAAAACUCCAUCCAAAACAAAGCUGUCGGAGAGAAGAGUGUCGGAGCAGCAUUCAAUACUGGGAGCCAAAGUCAGCAAAGCCUUAUCAUCAUCAGACACAGAGCUGCUAAUGCUGAACGGCACGGACCCUGUGGCCGAGGCCGCCAUCAAACAGCUGUACGAGUCAGCUAAACAGAAACUCAAAUCUCCCGUCAAAAAAAGCACCAUCAUCAUCUCUGGAGUGGCCAAGGCUCCUCUGUCCCAGGACGAAGAAGCAGUCCUGAUGGCAGGCUAUGCUGCUGCAAUGGAUGCUUCAAUGUCUGGUGAGUUUGAGAAUGUGAAAAAUGGAGAGGAGGUGACCUCAUCUGAGCCGGUAACUGAUCCCACCGCAUCACAAGCUUCAGACCCAUUGGAGGGUCCCAGUGGAGUGGGUCAUGAGGACUGGGAGAGCCAGGCAGGAGAAGAUACAGAUGCUGAUAAAACCUCCCUGUCACUGUGCAUCUCUGAAACCAGCUCCAAAAAGGGAAAAGAGGAGAGCAGUGAUAAGCAGACAGUUGAGCUGGCCGAGGAGCUUUCUACACAAGAGCGCCAAACUUUUCUUCAGAAGGAGGCAUCAGAGGAAGGAGCCGGGGAUGAGCCAGUCCCACAACGACCUACAGUACCUGCAGCAGCCGCCGGAUGCCUCUGUGAUGUCCGAGAGGGAGAGAAGGACCGCCACUUUCCGGAAAAUCAUCAACCGCAAACUUCUACCCAAGAGCAAGAGCAAAGCCAACGGAACAGCCCGGGAACCACCUUCAUGACCCAGUCUGACCAAUUAGAAAGUACAAAUAAUAUAAGCUUUGUGCCUCCGCCACUCUCUCAAAGCAGAUGCGUUAAAUACAGCAUGUAGUGCAUUUCUUCUUAAUAACAGGAUAUCACAUGUUUGUGUCACAAAUAAUCGUGUAUAACAAAUGUGUUUCCAAUUUCCAAGUUUCCAACACACAGUGGUGUCCUAAUGACAAAAAAAUGUGAUAAUUGUUUUUAAGUAACAUUUUUGAGAGUAAUUACCUCUGCCUCCUCAUCCUUGCUCUCUUUGUACCUCUAUGCAGACAGAUUUCACCUAUAAAACUUACUGAAAGUGUAAAAAAUCGCCCCUCAUACUCACCAGUCCCACCUACAAAGUCAGACUAUAUCUUGUUUUUUAGGGACCAUGUACAGAAAAAUACCAAAUACCUGCAAACAUCUGAUGUCAUUGUAUUUUUAAACACUACCUUUCUCUAAGUCAUGUUUAUGCUAAUAAGUUUUUCUCAUGAUCAUUGAAUACUAAAUCAGGGAAUCUGGUUCCCAACAGCGUGUUAGCAUGAAGAUUAUUUCUCUGGUAGAAACAGAGCGUGAUCAAUGUGAUGAUCAAUGUCACUCUAUUUAAAAAUAUUUUCUUUGUGCUAAGGUGCUUCCAAAAAACCCAGAAGCAUUUGCCACAAUUAUACUAGCCCCAUAUCAUGUGCUAGCUUGUUAGCUUAUUUUAAAUGUAUACUACCUGAACUCAAUAUAACCGAAGACAAGAAAGAGAACACUCUAGAAGAUAAAUUGUUCACAUGCCAAUCAACAGAUUUGUAGCUUGGAUGCUAGUUAAUUUACCAGGCUCCAUAUUUAUUCAUGUUCUCUUUUAUAUAAUUUGCCCUCAAUCAUGAGUGGACAAGAAUCACAGUCUUGAGAGUACAAAAUAUGCAAAUAAUAAUCCAGAUGGAUUUGUAAUAUACAAGCUAGUGCACAUGCUAUAAUAUUUAGUUAGUUUAUUAAAUGUCCUCUUGCCAUUUCUUUUGCACUUUUAAAAGAGACGGGAAACAGAAUAGACUAUAGAUAAAGAAAUAUGCAGAUUUUAAUGCACAUGGAUUUGUAGCAUACAUGCUAGAACCCAUGCUAUGCUAUUUAGAUAAUUUAUUGGAUCAUGCAUCCCAAGAGGUUAUCGUCUGCAUUUAAUCUUAAAUGAAAUCUUUAUUAGAAAGGAAUAUGCAAAUUCUAAUCCAGAAUGGAUUAGGAUGGUAGUGUACAUGCUACCCUACAUCCUAUGCUAGUUACCUAUUUAUUUAACUGCAUCACACUUCCCCUUAUCAAAUCGUCUGCACUCACCACGAAAAAGAGUGUGCAAGACAGAUGAAGUUUAGAGAAAAAUAUGCAAAUAUUAUAAAAGACAGAUGUGUAGCCCACAUGCUAGCCCAUAAGGGUCGAUUUAUAUGCUAGCCCUAUUGGGCUUCCAUUUGGAAGUGCAUUGUGUCUAUUGAUAUGCAACAGUGACAUUGCUGCAGAUGUGAGCAUCAUAUGUGGCCUUUUAAACCACUGGGAAUGAGAAUAGGAUCCUUAGUGUUAGUGCUGAGGUGUAGACAGACUGAGACUGGUGUGAUACGCACAUAUUGAAAGUUAAGUGUGGUGAAGUUUAGGUGAAGAGUGGUGAAUAUAUGUUGAGUGUGAAAUCAGAAUAUUUCAGCUUUGCUACAUGGAGUCAUAUUAUUUAAUUGAGAAUAUUGGGAAUUUUUCUUAUGAGUAUUUUUUAAUAGCUACAACUGAUAACUGCUGAUAACCACUGAAACUGGUGACCGCUUCCUGUUUAAGGUAAAUGUUUAACAGCUUUGUGAAAGUCAGGAUUUUUAUUAAACCCUACAGCAACAACUACAGUUUACUGAACACUUCACAGCCAGAUCUCACAGGUUAAUCACAUGCUUUUGAUCACUGAAGGUGUGUUUAAGCCAAUGCCAUGUGACUUUGCAGUGAUAGCAGUGAUUUAGUGUUUGUUUUCGCCAAAAUCGUCUCAUAAAUAUCUAACCUGGGGAAAAAUGAGCAACAGCAAGUAUUUGAAGAAGCGAUAGGUUAAAGGGCAGUUCCACACAUUUUGUCAAUUCUUUAAACAGUUACGUUGUAAACAUUGUCAUUGAGAGUGGGUUUGGUGUGAAAUGCUUCCUUUCAGAGAAAAAUAAUUGUCAGAACUUUUUACAGUAAUAGGGAUUCAAGGCAGAUGUCUGAACCUCUCUAACAUCAAAUGGUUAUGAUUGGACUGUCUGAUGCCUGAGGUGCUGUUUAACAAGAAUUUAGGUCCAAAACCUUUUAAAAAUCAAAUAUAAUUAAAAUUGUGGAUGCAGGGCAUUUGUAUAGUCUGCAAAGAAAAAUGAUUACUUUGAUACUGUUUUACCAUCACCACUAUCGAAUAAAUAUAUACACAGUACCAGUUAAAAGUAAUGCUUAGAGAAGAGGUCAAAAGCAAAUCCAACAGUUUGAAGAGUUUGGGAGGGGUUGUCUUUUAGAGCUAGGAUUUGCUAACGGUUUGUAGCAGUGUAUAGAAGAAGAAAUGCACCAGUGGCAUCAAGGAUCUGGGAGACCACGGGUUGUCUGAUAUGCAACAGUCCGACUGUCUUUACAGCCACGUUUGAAGACACUAAUUCUGUAUGUGUAGGUAAUCAAUCAUUGCCCAUAUCAAUCUGAAUUUUUUAACAUUAUAUCUUGUAACCUUUAUCCUCCUUCCAAAUAGCACUGCUAUCAAAAUUCCUCUGGGUGCAACUAUUUUUUGACAAUGAGUGUAUAAAUAUAUGUUUAUAUACAUUUUACACCAAAUCCACUCUGAAUGUGAAUUAUUGAGUAAUGAGAAAAUUGUGGUGGGGGACGACGGAAUUCCCUUUUAAUUUUUGAUAGACUAGUAGUGUCCCAAUUUGUUUAUUUACACUUCUUUUUAUUUUAAGUAUGUUAAAUCAGAUAUGUGGAGAUAUCUAAAGCUAUUGUUUGGUUUAAAAUUGUGUGUUUUUUUUUUUAGACAUAUUGUGUGAGUGUAUGUAAAAUAUGGUUAUCAUCUUUGUUAUCAUUCCAAAGACACACUAAUAAUCUGUGCAGGAUUGUGUGUGUACUUUUUAACCAAAGGACAUAAAACACUACUUUAGGGCAUUUGGAGUAAACACUGCUCCAUGAGAUGACCUCUCUUUAACAUAGAUCUUCUUUUAGUUUGUUUUCUUUUUAAAAAAAAUAUACCAAGAGCUUUAACCAGAGUGAGUGAGAACAGACUGCAGGUCAGAGUGGUGUUUGUUUAUCUGUGUUUUUAUUUGUUUGAGAGCCUCUAAGCAGGCGAGUCAGCUGCCGUUACAGAUUGUCCCAGUUCGUAUUGUCCAGCACAGUCUGUUACCUGCUCUAACUCACCUGUUACAACUGCUCUGCAAAGCAGGCCUUUUAAGCGAUUUUGUAAACAUUGUUAAGUUUCAGUAUGUAAUGUUCCCUCUCCAGUCCUUACUGCCCUUACAUGGAAAAUAAACUGCAAAAACAUCAACCUAGACCACCUGUUAUGCUCAUAGAAUUGUAGCCCCUCCCAUUCUGCCUAAAACAGUGUAACUCCACCCAUUUGCCCACAGCAGUUUAGCUCAACCCAUUUUGUCUACAGCAGUUAACUCCACCCAUUUUGACCCUCCCAUUUACACUGUUAUAAGUUAUAAGGAAUGUGUUAUGUUACAAUCCCCUACAGGUUCUGUAGUGUAUUGCACACUGUCACUGUUGAACAGAACCUCUACAAACGUAGGAAACUGUGCUGGACUGGCCCUGCAGGACAAGUGAUGCGCUAGAGACCUCUCCCUAUCAAAUGCUUAGCUGAUUCCGAAUCAGCACUGUAACCUCUGAGCCUGAAGGAUGUGGCCAACAUUGCCAUAGCAGUGAGGUUUCCCCUUCCCCCUUUCAGACUGCAUUCAGAGCAGAGAUUACAGACUGUUUUUUUUAGCUCUAGGUAUUUGGAGAGCGCUGUAAUUUUCCUGAGUGUGUGUACGUAAGUUUGCGUGUGUGUUCUGUUGCUGAUUGUAAAGUGUGAGGACUGCAGUCAAAUCUGUAAAAGCAGCAGCAGCAGUGAAACCAGGAAAAGGAAGAUGAGCAACAGCAAAUGAUUACAUGGCAUUUUUUGCCUUGCUUAUAUUCAUGAGAACUGCUACUAAUUUAAACCUGAUCAAUCUGAGCUUUUUGCAUUAUAUAUAAGCAUGCACUAUAUGGACAAAUGUUUAGAACACCAGCUCCUUCAUUGUUUCUUCCGAUAUCAAGGUUAUUUAGAAACAGUUUAUUCUGCUUUUGUACGAGUAACUGUCUCUUCUGGCCAUCUAAGGUUUUCCAUGAGAUUCUGUAAUUUAAAUAGUUAAAUGCAUUUAUUAGAAGGGGUGUAUAUUUGGAAAUAUAGUGUACAAAUAUAUGCACAUGCCUGUUGCUGAAAUUAAGCUUGGGAUAUUUUAAUGUCAAGAUAAAUGCAUGCUUUGGGUUGAUGUUAUUGUUUGCCCUCAGUGCAUUAACUCUCUGGUGCAUAGUGCUGCUUCUCUUUACAUUUACUGUGAUCUGAUGUGAACCUAAUUAUUGUGUGCAGAAACCGGAAGGCCCUUAAAACACUGAAUGCAGUUGGAAUCAAGGUGGGAGAGAGUUGUUAGCCGUGAUUUGGUUGCUGAGCCUCUUAAAGUGUCAGUUUGGUGAAUAAUCAAAGAAGCAUGACUGAUCCAGAGAGAGAGAUAGAGCAAGCGAGUGUGUGCGUGCGUGCGUGUGUGAUUGUGUGAGUGUGUGUGUAGCCUGUUUAUCCAGAGCAAACUACUGGUGUUUUGUUUGCACUGCACUUGUUGAAAACCGGGAGCAAGGUGGCCUGUGCAGAAUGAAUGUCAGCCUAUCGCUGUGCAGGGAUAAUUUAAAAUUAACAUAUCAGGUUUUAAUUUUGAGCAAUAAAUAUUGACUGAUUAACAA